CUUAAAUAGAACUGAAAGAACAGGGGGAAUUAGGUUCAACUGAUUAAGUUAUCGACUGAAUAAGUCGAGUUCAGAAGAUUUGGUCAAAUCAAGAGUGUUGUGCAAUGGGGAACAUUUGUUUCUACACAAGAUUACUUACGUGUUUGUGUAUUGUUUACUCCACGUAUUCUUACAAUGUGACCGACGAGGAUCUUCUUUUCAAGGACCUUUUUACGAACUACAACAAAGAACUCCGUGCUGGAAAUGAUCGGAACUAUCCACUGAACGUGUCCAUGUCUUUUUAUCUUUUUGCACUAAAAGAAUUUGACGAGGCAACCAGCAAAUUUACGGUUAAUGGUGUGUUUGUGACCUCAUGGCGAGAUGAACGACUAGCAUGGGAUCCUUCUAACUAUAACAAUAUAACUAGAACCCUUAUGUCUCAGGACAAGAUAUGGCUACCGAAUUUAGUGAUCACGAAUCCCUUUGAAGACAUAUAUGGAUUGGGAAGUGAUCUUGUUAAAGUAUAUCUGUAUUAUGACGGAUCCUGCAUAUGGACAACCAUGCAAUCUUUUGAAGUCAUUUGUGACGCAGACGUCACAAAUUACCCUUUCGAUAGACAGUACUGCUCCCUCCAAUUUGUUUCCUACGGUUAUGGAGAAGAAUGGAUGAAUAUAACCUUUACAAACUCCAAGGUUAUUCUAACACAAUAUCAAGAAAGUGGAUUAUGGGAUAUCGAGGACACGACAGCGUAUUCUCAUAUAACCAGUGCUCUGACUGGAGUUACAAUAGGACUGUACCUAAAGCGGAGGUUUACAUACUACAUAGCUGGCCUUGUCUUACCAAUGACAAUAGUGGCAAUUUUACAGUCAUUUGUUUUCAUGCUUCCGAAUGAUUCAGGUGAGCGAGUAGGUUUUUCUGUGACAGUUCUCCUUGCCAGUGUGGUUUUCCUGACAAUUAUUCAAGAUAAACUUCCGGAGUCCUCUGAACCAAACAUAUCUAUACUGGGCUUCCUCCUAUUCGGUUAUGUUUCUUUAGGAGUAAUUGUUACGUUAUGUGUAAUUCUCAGUUCAAAUUUUCACAUUUUUGAAGAAUCGAAACCUGUGCCAAAGUGGUUGAGGAUUUCUCUUUGCUUAAAAACAAACAAAAUUGAUGAAGAUUAUUCAACCGGAAGUACGAUACGGGUUGCUUCUAAAGAGGAGUCCAGGGACGACGAAGCAAUAUCCUGCUCGUGGAAAGAUGUAGCGAAAGCCUUCGAUAGACGCUGCUUCAUCUCCUCAUUGUCUCUGUAUGGACUUCAAUUUCUCAUCUAUUUCGCCAUGGUCUUAUGACUUCUAACAAACUACAUGUUUAUGUAGAAGCAGUUUCUUUUUAUGUUAAAUUGUUGUAUCUAUAUAUUAAAUAUUUGGUGCAAAAUCUAU